GUGGAUGGAGCCAGUCUAGUCAAAAUGUUUACUGGUUAGGCUUACCAUGGAGCUACAUAUAAAAAAGUGAUAACAAAAUAGGUACAAAACUACAACUUAUUAUAAAAGUGUUCAAGAUUUGCUGUUAUCCGAGACCUAAACCCAGUUGACAUGGCAGAUCGAUGGCUGCAGAAGGAGCUGGAAUUGAAUGAAAAGCACGAAGAAAUAUUAGCAAGACGUGAGGCGCUUUUGAGACAGGCCGAGAUUCGUCUGGGUGACAGCCAAGAUCUAAGUGCAUCAGUUGCACAUCACUGGGGCCAGGCUAAACAAAGGAACCAGGAAUUGUUAGAAGAGAUUGCUCAGUGCCAGACUGAUGCUAAGAUACAGGCAGCCAAACCUUUGUCUGUGGCCCUGACAACACUCAAGGAAAGGUACUGGGACAUGGUGGAAAAGGAGAUGCCAGAGUGGAAGGAAGAGGUGAAGAAAGCCGCCAAGAGGGACAGGAGCAAUCCCCCCAGUGCCAGGUAGCCUAGAAGAACAGGAGGUGCAACUCUAGUUCCUCCAACGUCCGAUUCAUCACCUGAGCUCUUGUGGUGCUGCUGGGAAUCACUGGGCCUUCUCACCAGCCGUCGGCAGUCUCCUGAGAGGUGCAGAAGAGGUGGUGGCCCUCGCAGUGUCCAAUGGCAAACCCAAAAUUGAGUGGUGCAUCAUGGAACUAGCCUUGACCUCCAAGAAAUGGUUAUUCCUCAGAUCCUGAAAGGCUCUCAAAAUGUCCGAAACAUACAUGUAAUUCCACCCCAGGAGCAUUGAUCCCUUUACUCGUCUCUAAUGGCAACAAUAGCAACAACAGCAGUGACCAUUAGUGUAUUAUUUGACCAAGUACCAUGAAAGUUGUAGGAACAGUUCUUUGAGACAUCCUGGUGGAGAUGAGUUGUACUUUAAGAAAAUUUUGAACAAUUAAUUGCCAAGGAGUGCGAUUGAAUAACCUCCCCCCAAAACACUGAAGUUACAUAAUAAAUACAAAUUACAUAAUACAUGUUUACACUGUGUCUGUUUUAAAACCAAAACCUCAAAGAAAAAAUGAACAAGAUUUACUCCCAAAAGGCCUGUUUGAUGCAUUCCCAAGCUCUCCAGGCCUGUAGUCUGUAGUCUUGACCACAAGAAAGAGGGUCAUGAUUGUUUCACGAACCCAGCUACAUUUAGGAGGAAAGAGAACAACCAUCAGCUGUUUGGGAACCAAUACCAAAACAGAUCUGUCUGGUGAGAAGCUGCCAAAAGGGGAAUCUUCCUGUUGGAAGGUAGGCCCGCUGAGUGGAGCAUGUCUUUCAAGAAAUGUCUCCACAAUGCAUGUUUGAAAUGCGCCACAUUCCUAAUACCCGGAACAUCCUGUGACCAUUUCUGCGUGGCACAAAAACAUUCUCUAAUGGGCAUCAUCCUAUCAUGUUUUUCCAUAUAAAAUAACAUGCCAAGGUCUUGAUGGGGCUGUAAUGUAUCUUUCCUCUCUUUUAGUCUGUCUGCAGUACUAGCAAGUGAUUGUAAUUUGUUCAUAAUGAGAUCCUCACCAGAGGUUUGGAUGUGGGUGAGAGACUGUGACAAAACAGUCCUUUUUGGAGAUUAGCUACAUUCCCUGAGUCUUUGUGUGGAAGACUGGAACACAUUCGAUGCAUUGUUAAAGAAUAUGGUUGAUUUAAUUUAAAUGAAAUACAUGUACAUGUAUUUAUGUUUUAACAAAUCUAGGUGUAAGUACUCGGCAACUUAAGCAUACAGGGACACGGGCUCCUGUGUGUUGAUGGUAUGAGCCCAAGCACAUGUUGUAUGCAAUAUUUGUAUUUAAUCUAGUAUUUUCUGCUGUGUCCUCCGCAGCUCACGCUGAUGCCAUUUAUUGAUGGAAGUGACCUUUAUGCGAUUGAUGUGCUGCAUAUUAUUAAGUGGCAGAUUCAAAUCCAGUGCAGUUGAAAGUUAAAUAUUAAAGGUGGAUGGUAUUUUAUGAUGUAUUUAGGGAAGAAAAAUGAGCAUUUUCAGACAUAAACAGCUCAAAGACUUUCACAAACCAGUCAAGCGGAAUGUCAGUAGGCAGUGCACAAUUGCCAAUCCUUUCAGCAUUCCAAAUCUUUUCAAAACGCUCCCUUGUGUGCCGCUGUCACAUUUUUUGAAUGAAAACAUCUAUUAGUGUUGACCGGGAAUCCAGUACAAUAGAGUGUGGGUGUUUGCUAUCUGUAUACACCUGUUGGCAUUACAAAGGCAGAAAAAUACUGUUACUAAGUAGGGAUAUUUGUACGUGAGCGUUUUCGUGUACAUGUGGAAAAACAAAUUUCAUUCGGGAGUUUGUACACACCAUGAAAUUUCAGGCAUGUUUGUAUAUACAUGUAAGGCGGAAGUGCAUAUACUGUACAUGGUUGAUUGGUACAUUUCCCCUCCUGUUUUAGGACAUUAGAAUAAUGAAGUUGUAAUGGCCCAAGGAUGUAUUUAGAAUUUGUGGGUGGGAUUUGUCAGGAUGUUUGUUGCAUGAGCAAAUGACGGAUGCCAUUGCAAUAUGUUUUAAAUGAUCUCUCCUUUGGUAAUCUACAUACAUGUACACCAACCCUUAAGAUACCUGUCUCAUCAUGUAACCCAGAAAAUGAUGCUAUUUUCCUCCUUCAAAAAAGGGCCGAGAAUUUUGCUUGGAAAUUACGUUAUGGUAGAUAAUUAAAGCUGAACAUAAUGGCGAGUCUUGAGUAACCUG